UUGCGAACAAAAAGAAGAUGCACCUGGACUUUCCCCGGAGCCCUCUGCGUUUUUAAGGCGUCGGGUGGAGUUUGGGUUCGUAAGCCGCGUUCCUUAUUGAAAAAUAGAAGUCACUUCUACCUUCCUCCCCUGGAAAACUUGUUAUCUUCCAUUAAGUGUUUCCUAAAGAAGGCAUCUGUGGUGGUUCUUUAAGCUACAAAAAAAUUGCCCAAGCUUGUGACAUCAGCCCUGUCAAGUGUCCAUGAUGCUGGGCCCUGAGGGAGGUGAAGGCUAUGUGGUCAAACUCCGUGGCCUACCCUGGUCCUGCUCAAUUGAGGACGUACAAAACUUCCUCUCCGACUGCACAAUUCAUGAUGGGGUCGCAGGUGUUCAUUUCAUUUAUACUAGAGAAGGCAGGCAGAGUGGUGAGGCUUUUGUUGAACUUGAGUCAGAAGAUGAUGUAAAAUUGGCUCUGAAAAAAGACAGGGAAAGCAUGGGACACCGGUAUAUUGAGGUGUUCAAGUCACACAGAACCGAGAUGGAUUGGGUGUUGAAGCACAGUGGUCCAAACAGCGCCGACAGUGCCAAUGAUGGCUUUGUGAGGCUUCGGGGACUCCCAUUUGGAUGCACAAAGGAAGAAAUCGUUCAGUUCUUCUCAGGGUUGGAAAUUGUGCCAAACGGGAUCACACUACCUGUGGACCCGGAAGGCAAGAUUACAGGGGAGGCCUUCGUUCAGUUUGCCUCACAAGAGUUAGCUGAGAAAGCUUUAGGGAAGCACAAGGAGAGAAUAGGGCACAGGUAUAUUGAAGUGUUCAAGAGCAGUCAGGAGGAAGUUAGGUCAUACUCAGAUCCACCUCUGAAGUUUAUGUCUGUGCAGAGGCCUGGGCCUUAUGACAGGCCUGGCACAGCCCGGAGGUACAUUGGCAUUGUGAAACAGGCAGGCCUGGAUAGGAUGAGGUCUGGUGCCUAUAGUGCAGGCUAUGGGGGCUAUGAAGAAUACAGUGGCCUCAGUGAUGGCUAUGGCUUCACCACUGACCUGUUUGGGAGAGACCUCAGCUAUUGUCUCUCAGGAAUGUAUGACCACAGAUAUGGAGACAGCGAGUUCACAGUGCAGAGCACCACCGGCCACUGCGUCCACAUGAGAGGGCUGCCCUACAAAGCAACGGAGAACGACAUUUACAACUUCUUCUCUCCACUCAACCCAGUGAGAGUUCAUAUUGAGAUUGGUCCUGAUGGAAGAGUGACGGGAGAAGCUGAUGUUGAGUUUGCUACUCACGAAGAAGCAGUGGCAGCUAUGUCCAAGGACAGGGCCAACAUGCAGCACAGAUACAUAGAACUCUUCCUGAAUUCAACAACAGGGGCUAGCAAUGGGGCUUAUAGCAGCCAGGUGAUGCAGGGCAUGGGUGUGUCAGCUGCCCAGGCAACUUACAGUGGCCUGGAGAGCCAGUCAGUGAGUGGCUGUUACGGGGCCGGCUACAGCGGUCAGAACAGCAUGGGUGGAUAUGAUUAGUAUUGUAGGAACAUUUGAGUUAUUUCAAUCAGAAAAUUUCACAGGCAGCCAAUAAGCAGUCAAGAGCAGUUUAUAACUCUAGAGGAAGCUGGGGGACCCACUUUGCACCAUGAGUUUGUGAAAUCUGGAUUAAAAAAUUACCUCUUCAGUGUUUCUCAUGCAAACUUUUCUUCUAGCAUGUAAUAUUGAGUAAACUAAAA